AAGCUUCGGUGUAAAGAGCCCGUUUAGUAUCCGAGAGGUAGCAAUAUGGCGGAGGCUUCCUUGGGAAGUACAAGUCCAGUUGACUCUUUGUCAUCGGAAGAUCACGACUUUGACCCAACUGUGGACAUGCUGGUCCAUGACUAUGACGACGAGCAUACUUUAGAGGAAGAGGAGAUGCGGGAAGGAGCUUUAAACGUGAGUUCUGAGAUAGCAGAUCUGGAGAAGGAGGGAAACAUGCCAUUGGAGGAACUGCUCGCCUUGUACAGGUAUGAGCCUUCUGUCAGCAUCGUUGGUGGUUCAAGUGGUGACAGCUCCUCAGUUGAGCUGACAGAUGAGUUACCUGACAUGACUUUAGACAAAGAGGAGAUUGCCAAAGAUCUGCUGUCUGGAGAUGAUGAAGAAACCCAAUCUUCAGCUGAUGAUCUCAUGCCUUCAGUGACAUCUCAUGAAACCACUGAUUUUUUCCCUAGGACUCUUCGAUCCAGCACUGUUUAUGAUGGGGACAAAGAAUCUGAAGGCGAGGACGAGGGUCUGAAUUCAGAAGAUUCUCGAAAGGAAAUCAUGGUUGGAUGUCAGUAUCAAGCUGAAAUUCCCCCUCUUUCCUGCUAUGAUGAAAAUAAAAAGGUUUAUGAAGAUGAAGAUCAGUUACUGUGGCAGCCAGAAGUCUUACCGGAGUCAAACGUGAAAGCAUUCCUGCUUGAUGCCGCUGAAGGUUCUGAUGGCACUGUGAGAACUCUGGAGAGUCUUGUUAGAGAUAAUGAACAGGCAUUAUAUGAGCUUGUUAAGUGCAACUACAGUGCCCAUGAGGCUCUUGAAAGGUAUCGCAGCAGUGAGAAAUCAUCAAAAGAUGAAAUGCUCCCGUGGACUGAAGAAGAAUGCAGAAACUUUGAACAUGCUCUUCUUUUGUAUGAAAAGAAUUUCCACCUGAUUCAAAAGCACAAAGUGUGUACGCGUACUGUGGCAGAAUGUGUUGCAUUUUACUACAUGUGGAAAAAAUCAGAGCGGUUUGACUUCUUUGUCCAACAAAACCGGUUUGGAAAGAAAAAAUACAGCAGCUAUCCUGGUGUAACGGACCUGAUGGACCGGUUAGUGGAUGAAGCUGAGGGCCUGGUGGACAGUUCGGGCUCUGUGUGCUCAAGCAGCAGCGGCAGGCUAGAGUCCUCAGCUGAUCAGCAGAUCAACAUCCUUAACUCCAUUACUGCCAGUGACCUUUCUGCAUUAACCAGUAGUGUGGCAUCAGUUUGCAACCCCAGCGACGUGACCUGCCUGGACUCCUACAGCUUCUCAACGUUGGAUGGCCUUCACCGUGACUCCAUCAGCUUUCCCACUAAUGGAGACGGAGACUGUCUCAACCUGCUGGACGCCGGCUUCUACCAUUCGGACCUUGGCCAGCUGAACACGUGCGGUGAGGACUGUGAACGGCCCCCAACCAAGAGGCUCAAGAUGGGACUGUCUGAGCCCUUCCUCAAUGAUCGAGGCCUGGCCGUGGACUUCACCAGCACAAAAAUGGCUGUUUCCGUUACUGACUUCAGUGAUUCUGGCAGUUACAUUCCAAGCCAUGCACUACACCAACACACAGCUCUGCCGUCUGAGUGAAAAACCUCUAAAUUAUUAUCAAAUCUAUGCAUUUAUUACAGUCAACUGUGCAUGGAUGUUAAUCUGCCUUAAUUGAGUUGAUAGUAGGAGAAAAUCAUGAGAACAUCAAUGUUUAGGCUAACCAUGUAACCAUACAUAGAUCGUUCUUGUUAUGCGCAUUUUAACCCUGCUCUUUCUUCCCCUUACGUCACAUUUAUUUACCUCAAUGUUAUGUUUUUUUGUGAAUUCUUGCGUACUCUCACACGGCAAUAAUUUGUAAAUAUGUACAAAUGCAAAUAUAAACCUUCCCAAAUUCUCUUCCUUGGCAAACAGA